AGAACUUUCAAAACAAAUGCACCUAACCUAACUAAACAAAUACAACAAAGAAUCACAAAAUUUCUCUACGAAAAAUCUGCAAAAAAAUAUUCUACUAUUCAGUUACAAGAGAAAAAAGAAAAAAAAAGAAAGAACGAGUAGCGGAAAUUUCUGGGAAUUGCUUCGAACUCAUGAUGAAGGAAAGUGACACAGUUCACACUCGCGCUUAACUCCACGCGCCCCCUUUCUCUUUCACUCUCUCUCUCUACAGAAUUUCUCUCUCUAGACUUUGUCUUCUUUCUGAAUCUGCAAAUCACAUUUUCAAGCUUCUUCUAUCGUCGUUUUCUAUUUCUCGCCGUUCUUCACUUGGUCGACGCUACUCUUUUUCCUCUCAGGUUCCAAUUUUUCUUCUAUUUAUCGUUUUUCUUCCUACUACAUUCUCUUUGAUAAUCUCGCCUCUCAGAAUUAUCGUUGUCGUUUUCAGUUGAAUUUCAAGGUUUUAGAGAAAACAAGUUGGUGAUUAAAGGGGCGUUUGAUUUUUCCUAGAGGCAAUAUUUACGUUUCUUUUCUUGGUAGAAGGUUGUGUGAGCUGUAAAGUAACUAUCUAGAGCUGAUAUCUGGAGCUAAGAUGCCACGGGGGAGGAGGAUUAGGGCUAGGCUCCGUCGGAGUAAUUUUUAUACAUUUGGUUGUCUUCGGCCGACUACGGCUGAGGAGGUGCCUCAUCCACUUCAAGGUCCUGGUUACUCGAGAACCGUGUAUUGCAACCAGCCUCAAGUACAUGAAAAGAAGGAUCUAUUUUACUGCAAGAAUAAUAUAUCGACGACUAAAUACAAUGCUAUCAUGUUUUUACCUAAGGCACUGUUUGAACAGUUUCGAAGGGUUGCUAAUAUAUACUUCCUUUUGGCUGCUUGCCUCUCGGCAUCUCCAAUGUCACCUUUUACAUCGGUGAGCAUGAUUGCUCCUUUGGCCUUUGUUGUGGGGCUUAGUAUGGCAAAGGAAGCGUUGGAGGAUUCACGCAGGUUCCUUCAAGAUGUCAAGGUUAAUCGCCGGAAAGCUAGUCUCCAUAGAGGCAAUGGAGUUUUUGGUCUUAGGUCAUGGCAGAAAAUUAUGGUGGGAGAUAUAGUAAAAGUAGAAAAGGAUCAGUUUUUUCCAGCUGACUUGCUUCUAUUGUCUUCAAGUUAUGAGGAUGGGAUAUGCUAUGUGGAGACUAUGAAUUUAGACGGAGAGACCAACUUGAAGGUGAAAAGAUCUUUGGAGGCUACCUUGUCCCUUGAUAAUGAUGGAGCUUUUAAGGAUUUCUCCGGAACAAUUCGUUGUGAAGACCCGAAUCCCAAUCUGUACACUUUUGUUGGGAAUUUUGAAUAUGAACGCCAGGUUUAUCCUCUUGAUCCUGGUCAUAUUCUCCUCCGAGAUUCAAAGCUUAGGAACACUGAUUAUGUCUAUGGGGUGGUCAUUUUCACUGGCCACGACAGCAAAGUCAUGCAGAAUUCUACAAAAUCCCCUUCAAAAAGAAGCACAAUAGAGAAAAAGAUGGAUUAUAUCAUAUACACUCUUUUCACUGUCCUUAUAUUGAUAUCCUUUAUUAGUUCAAUAGGAUUUGUUGCUAAGACGAAGUACCAGACCACAGAGUGGUGGUAUUUACGGCCUGACAAUAUUGAAUAUCAGUAUGAUCCUGCGAAAAUUGGAUUGGCUGGGAUGAGCCAUCUGAUCACUGCACUUAUUCUCUAUGGAUAUUUGAUACCCAUCUCUCUUUAUGUUUCAAUUGAGAUUGUGAAGGUAUUACAGGCCACCUUCAUUAACCAAGACCUUCAAAUGUAUGAUGAAGAAACUGGGACUCCUGCUGAAGCACGAACAUCAAAUUUGAAUGAAGAGUUGGGUCAGGUAGACACCAUCCUCUCUGAUAAAACGGGCACUUUAACCUGCAAUCAGAUGGACUUUUUGAAGUGCUCCAUUGCUGGUACUUCCUAUGGUGUACGUUCCAGUGAAGUUGAACUAGCUGCAGCAAAGCAGAUGGCUUCUGAUCUUGAGGAGGAAGAUAUGGAUCUCUCUAAUUUCCCCAUGCAUAAGAAGAGUAAAGUGCCGCGGGAAAAUGUUAGAAGAGCUGAAGAAAUUGAACUUGAGCCAGUUGUUACUUCUAAGGGUGGUGAGAAUCGAAGGCCUACCAUAAAGGGAUUUGGUUUUGUUGACAGCCGCCUCAUGAAUGGAAAUUGGUUGGAAGAUCCCAAUGCUCACGUCAUUUCGUUAUUUUUCCGGAUACUGGCAGUUUGCCAUACUGCCAUUCCUGAGGUUAAUGAGGAGAGUGACAGUUGUACUUAUGAAGCUGAAUCACCUGAUGAAGGGGCUUUUCUUAUAGCUGCUAGAGAGUUUGGUUUUGAAUUUUAUAGGAGAACCCAAUCGAGUGUUGCUGUGCGCGAAAUAAUUUCUGCUUCAGGACAUGUGGUUGAAAGAGAGUAUAAAAUAUUGAAUCUGCUGGAUUUUAGUAGCAAAAGAAAGCGUAUGUCAGUGAUUGUACGUGAUGAGGAGGGAAGCAUUAUUCUUUUAUGCAAAGGAGCUGACAGUAUCAUAUUUGAUCGAUUAUCUAAGAAUGGAAAGAAGUAUUUGGAGGCUACUUCUAGACAUUUGAAUGAAUAUGGAGAAGUGGGUUUGAGAACACUAGCCCUGGCUUACAGAAAUCUUGAUGAACAAGAAUAUUCUGAUUGGAACAUUGAGUUUCAGAAAGCCAAGACAACUGUUGGGCCUGACAGAGAGGCAAUGCUUGAGAGGCUAUCAGAUAGUAUGGAAAGAGAGUUGAUUCUUGUUGGGGCUACUGGUGUGGAAGACAAGCUGCAGAAAGGGGUGCCGCAAUGCAUUGAUAAACUUGCUCAAGCCGGUCUAAAGAUCUGGGUCUUGACUGGGGAUAAGAUGGAAACGGCAAUCAAUAUUGGGUAUUCGUGUAGUUUGCUUCGACAAGGUAUGAAGCAAAUAUGUAUCUCUACUGCAAAUUUAGAUUCAGUAAUCAAUGAUGGGAAAGAGGUAAUCAAAGGCAACAUCCUGACUCAAAUCACCAAUGCCUCACAAUUGAUGAAGCUGGAGAAGGACCCACAUGCUGCGCAUGCAUUAAUUAUUGACGGAAAAACUCUAACAUAUGCUUUAGAAGAUGAUAUCAAACACCAGUUUUUGGCAUUAGCUGUUGAUUGUGCGUCUGUUAUUUGCUGUCGUGUAUCUCCCAAGCAAAAGGCCUUGGUAACAAGGUUAGUGAAAGAAGGAACUGGGAAGACCACUUUAGCAAUAGGUGAUGGUGCAAAUGAUGUCGGCAUGAUUCAAGAAGCUGACAUUGGUGUGGGAAUCAGUGGGGUUGAAGGUAUGCAGGCAGUGAUGGCUAGUGACUUUUCCAUUGCUCAAUUUCGGUUUUUGGAGCGGCUUCUGGUAGUCCACGGACACUGGUGUUACAAGAGAAUUGCACAAAUGAUAUGUUAUUUCUUCUACAAAAAUAUAGCAUUUGGCCUCACCAUAUUCUAUUUUGAGGCCUUUGCGGGCUUCUCUGGUCAAUCGGUUUAUGAUGACUGGUACAUGAUAUUGUUUAACGUAGUCCUUACAUCGUUGCCUGUAAUUUCACUUGGAGUUUUUGAACAAGAUGUUCCAUCAGAAGUUUGCUUACAGUUUCCUGCACUAUAUCAGCAAGGACCCAAAAAUUUGUUCUUUGACUGGUAUAGAAUACUGGGAUGGAUGGGGAAUGGUCUGUACUCCUCGCUUGUCAUCUUCUUCCUUGUUAUCUUCAUCUUCUAUGACCAAUCAUUCCGCCUGAAUGGCCAGACUGCAGACAUGGCUACUGUUGGUACUGUAAUGUUCACCAGCAUCAUCUGGGCUGUCAACUGCCAGAUUGCCUUGACAAUGAGCCAUUUUACAUGGAUACAACACCUCUUUGUAUGGGGAAGCAUUGCCAGUUGGUAUCUCUUUCUCUUUUUAUAUGGCUUGCUUCCUCCACAACAUUCCCACUCCGCGUACCAAAUAUUAGUUGAAGUGCUUGCUCCUGCUCCUAUUUAUUGGACAGCAACCAUUUUAGUAACAGUUGCGUGCAAUCUUCCUUAUCUUGCUCACAUAUCAUUUCAAAGGUGUUUUAAUCCCAUGGAUCAUCACAUUAUCCAAGAAAUCAAGUACUACAAGAAGGACAUUGAAGAUCAACACAUGUGGACGAGGGAGCGGUCUAAAGCAAGACAAGAAACAAAGAUUGGAUUCUCUGCAAGAGUGGAAGCAAAGAUCAGGCAGCUGAGAGGGAGGCUGCAGAAGAAGCAAUCUUCCACGGGGGCGUCGCCAUCAUGACCGUUACAAAAUGAUUAUUUAAUAGGUUUCUAUCUUUGUAGGGUUUGCGGGUUGUUUUUUUUGGGUUCUAGCCUCAUUCAAAUUCUUUUUUCAUGCUUGUGUUGUUUGCUUUAGGGGUGCAUUGAAGUCCCUUUCUUUAAGGAAAAAAAGCACGUGAGCCAUUGUAACAUAUUUAAGUAGAAGAGCUCACCACAUUAGUCAUUUAUGAACAAUCAAAGUGUAAUUUACAUAUAUCAACAGAUGGUUACAAUUCAAGCAACAUUGAAGAAACGAAAACAGGUAUAGUGUAACUACUAACUACGAAUUUGUGUUA